GCGCUCUCUAUUGAUUAGAGGUAAGUUCUUCGCACACAAGCACUGACAGUUCCAAUAUGUGAACCUCACACUGCUCUAAAUCUAUAAACAUUGUAGAUAAACUAUUUCUUUGUUUACAUUUAUUCACAGUGUUAAUAAUAAGUAAUUAACUUAAGAGAUUGUUCAUUAAGCAGAAUAGAGAUAUCCUGUAAGAAGUAGUUCAAAGUUCUUUAAAAUCGGUCAAUUUUAAGUUACUAUUUCAGUACAUCUCAUUUCAUUUUAUUAACUAUAUUAUGUUAUUUGAUGACACUGAGAUAAAAAUGUUUCAUGGAUCGUCAAUCUUGGAAAACUAAAAAUAACUUCAUCAAGCUGAUGUCAGCCCAUAUCUACUACUCUUGGUUGAAUUGAUGUGAAAUAUUUCCUUUGAAGUGAGAAUAUUUCUAAAAAAAUUCUUAUACAAAUAUUUACUCGAAUAUUUUUUGUGUGCAGAUUAAAAUUGGAAGAUUUACCAUGAAAUUGUAAUUUUCUUAUGUGUGAUUACUAAUACAACAAAAAUAUAUCUUGUUAAUUCGGAUGAGUUUAAUGUUCUUUUAGUUGCUCAUCAUUAAUUACAAGAUUCCAUUUUAAGAAAUCCACUUGAAUUAUUUUUUAAUAGAUCAUCUUACAGAAGAUAAUAUAGAUUAAACAGUAAAGUUAUGAAUGAAAAAGCAGAAACUGAGAAUAUUGAUGCAUCUACUAAUAUACAGAAAAAUAUGAACAAGAAAUCACAUCCUUGUGAUAUAUGCGGAGAGGUAUUCACAAGAAAGAAUUUAAGACAACACAAAUUAACUCACUCAUCCUCUAAGCUGUACCAAUGUGAAGUUUGUAAUAAACAGUUCACCAGCAGCAAUUUGUUAAUUUGCCACAAAGGUAUUCACACAAGAGAUAAACUAUACCAAUGUUAUAUCUGUGAUGAAACAUUUUCUACAACAGAUCAUUUGUCUUCACACACAUGUGUUCAAACAGGAGAAAGACCUUACAAGUGUGACACCUGUAGUAAAACAUUUUCCAGAAGUGGUCAGCUGUCUUCUCACAAAUUAAUCCACACAGGAGAAAGACCAUAUCAUUGUGAUAUCUGUGGUGAAACAUAUUCUGGAAGUCGUAGUUUAUCAAAACACAAGCGCAUACACUCAGGUGAAAAACCAUACAACUGUGAUAUUUGUAGUGAAAGGUUUUCAACAGUUGAUGAACUAUCUUCCCAUAGACGUUGCCACAAAGGAGAAAAACCAUACCACUGUGAUAUAUGUGGUAAAACAUUUUCUAGAAGUGAUCAUUUGUCUUCACAUAAAUUUAUUCACACUGGAGAAAAGCCAUAUUACUGUGAUAUAUGUGGUAAAACAUUUUCUAGAAGCGAUUAUUUGUCUAGCCACAAGCGUACACACACAGGUGAAAAACCAUAUUACUGUGAUAUUUGUGGAAAAACAUUCUCUAGAAGUGGUGAAUUAUCUUUGCACAAACAUAUUCAUUCAGGUGAAAGGCCAUAUGCAUGUGAUAUCUGUGGUAAAACAUUCUCUCAAAGUGGUAUCUUAUCUAAACACAAACGUCUUCACACUGGAGAGAAACCAUACCAAUGUGAUAUCUGUGAUAAAAAAUUUUAUACAAGUAGUAAUUUGUCUUCCCACAUACGUACUCACACAGGAGAAAGACCCUACCACUGUGAUAUCUGUGGUGCAACUUUCACUCAAAGCGGUAGUUUAUUUAAACAUAAACGUAUUCACACAGGAGAGAAACCAUAUCAAUGUGAUAUCUGUGAUAAAAAAUUCUCUACAAAUAGUCAUUUAUCUCGACACAAACGUAUUCAUACAGGGGAAAAACCAUACCACUGUGAUAUAUGUGGCCAAACAUUCACUCAAAAUAGUAAUUUAUCUUCCCACAAACGUAUUCACACAGGAGAGAAACCACACUGCUGUGACAUCUGUGGGGAAUCAUUCUCAGAGAUGGGCAGUUUAUCUCUUCACAAACGUAUUCAUACAGGAGAGAAACCAUAUCAGUGUGGUAUUUGUGGUAGAAAAUUCGCUCGAAGCUCUUAUUUGAAUAAUCACAAAUCAGUUCACACAAAUGAAAAGCCACAUCGUUGUGAUGUCUGUGGGAAAGGAUUCUCUAUAAGAACUUCUUUGACUAGUCACAAACGUAUUCACACUGGGGAAAAACCAUACCAUUGUGAUAUCUGUGGUAAAACUUUCUCUGGAUAUAAUACUUUCACUAAUCACAGAAACCGUCACACAGGAUAUAAACCAUACAGCUGUGAUGUUUGUGGUAAAACAUUUACUACCAGUAGUGACCGAACUUAUCACAUACGCAUCCACACAGGUGAGAAACCACACCACUGUGAUAUAUGUGGUAAAACAUUCUCUCAUAAGAACAGUUUAACUCUACAUCUACGGAUUCAUACAGGUGAGAAGCCACACCACUGUGAUAUAUGUGGUAAAACAUUCACUCAAAGAGGUCAUUUAAGAGUUCAUAUACGUGGGCAUAAAGCUUACGCUGACGACCAAAGUUUAACUUAUCACACACCUGUUCGUCAUUGUGAUGUUUGUGGGAAGGCAUUCACACAGAGCACACAAUUGACAAUUCAUCUACGUCGUCACACAGGUGAAAGACCAUUUAGUUGUGAUAUUUGUGGUAAAGUAUUUUAUGAUAAGCAGGGUUUGUCUCGUCACAUGCCUGUUCACACAGGUGAGAAACCAUACCACUGUGAUAUUUGUGGUAAAACAUUUUAUGAUAAUCAGAGUUUAACUCGUCACAUACCUGUUCACACAGGUGAGAAACCAUAUCAUUGUGAUAUCUGUGAUAAAACUUUCUCUAAGAAAAAGAUUUUGACUAAUCAUAAGCAAAAAGCACAUAAAAAGCAAACCAUAAAACAAGAGAAUAAGUUGGAAGAAUUUGUACAAAUUAUUACUUCAUGAAGUAUAAAACAUACAACAGAACUGUAUUGAAAGUGGAGGAAGGUAGACAAGAGUCGUAUGUUCAUUCAGCCAUAACAUUUUUCUUCCAGAACUUUCUUCAACACAGUACUGGAACUGAAUGUAAAUUUACAUAUGUUUAUGUAACUAGCUUACAG